UCUGUCGUGGGAAGUGUCAAAAACUUAAAAUAAAUUUUCCGUUUUUAAUUCAUUAUCCGCCAUGAAUCGAAUGGAAGACAGUGUUUUAUCGCCUUCAUAUUUCUGGAAUUGUCUUACACUAAAAGAGGAAUGUCCAUUCUUCUCGAGAAGCGAUCCAACGUUGUUCUACUUUGCAGUUGGUUUGACCGGACUGUAUGCUGCAUUAUUAUUAACGAUCUUUAUUGACUUAAAGUUCUAUUGGAGCGUAGAUAAUUUGCAGUAUCAAGUGGAUUAUUACGUUAACUUUAUAAAGAAGAAAAUAAAGCAUAUUCAAAUCAACCAACGAAGGCUUGUCAGUACACAGGAACGGACGAACAAGCAGUUAAAACGAAGCGAGCAGUGUAAUAAACUAGUGAACGUUCUCCGAGGGACACUCGCAAGCAACCCCGAAGAAAUAUCACCCGCUGCACAAAUAAACGAAGAGAGUAAAACUGCCCCUUCAGAGCCUUACAGUAAAUGUUUUGAAAUUAACAACAUUAUAGAUUUUAUGCAAUAAAAAGUGUCUA